AUGGCCCGUCGCCGGGCCGUCUUCGGGUCGCAGGCAAGCUUCACGUCGUCGCUCGUCGCACUCGCCGCGGUUCUCAUCUCCGUGCUUGUCGCCACGCCUGCCGUAGUAAUCGCAGGACCAGUCUGCGACUACGCCAAUGGAACGUGGGUGCGCGCGGAGGGCUACGCGGCGCAAUACACGGGGAAAUCGUGCGCUUACGCGGGAAAGACGCGCAACUGCGAGAAGAACGGGCAGACGAGCUUCGACUACCGCAACUACAAAUGGGUGCCGGGACAGCCGGAAUGCGCGCUCUCCAGGUUCGACGCGCCGUCGUUCCUGUCGCUGCUGCGCGGCAAGGUGGUGGCCAUGGCGGGCGACUCCAUGAUCAACAACCUCUUUGAAGCCAUCCGAUGCCUCGUCAGCACCGCCACUCCCGCUCCGGACUGGGAGGGGUCCUUCCCCGGUGUGACUGGCGAUUAUGAGGUGUUCGAGGUACCCAAGUACGGCUCUAAGUUCAUUCGGAUUCAGGACCCUUUUCUAGUUGACUCCAAGCACGCGGGCACGUCUGACAGUUCGAGUGCCACGUGGACCAUCAACCUGGACAAGCCGUCCCCGCAGUGGGCUUCUCUUCUCACGACAGCGGACGUGUUCGUGUUCGCCCACGGCCACUGGUUCGACAAUGCUCCCGCCAGCAAGCGCCUGCUGUAUCAGAAGGGCCAGCCUGUGCAAGCAGACCAAUUCGAGGCGGCCCGUCUGUCACUCAUCACAGUAGCCAGUUACCUCACUAAGAGCAACUACAAGGGCCAGGUGUUCUACCUCACUUACUCUCCCAGACACUACAGCUCCGCGUUCAAGACUAAGGGCAUGGGCUGCGCUAAAGCCACCGCGCCUUUCACUCCGUCUGAAGGGGACUAUGCGAUGGGUAAGUCCAAGGAGGCUCCGUAUCUCACGGCGCAAAAGGCGGCUUUAAAGCCGUAUCCUGCUGUGCGGGUAUUGGAUAUUUUCCGGAUGGCGUUACUGAGGCCAGACGCACACGUGGGACCGUGGGAUGGGAAGAGCGGGAACGGGGACGACUGCUCGCACUGGUGCGAGCCGGGGUUGCCGGAUAUCUGGGCUGAUUUGCUGUUUAACGAGCUCAAGAACAGUGGAGGAGAUCUCCCCUUCCUCAAAGCCCUCUCCCCCCUCCUCCUCCUCCUCUUCCUCCUCUUCCUCCUCUUCCUCCAAGCCUUCCUCUUCCUCCUCUUCCUCGUCUUCCUCCAAACCCUCCUCUUCUUCCUCCUCGACUUCUAA